AUGGCGAUGAGCGCUAUCAAGAGUCCAACCACCCAUGCGCAAUUCCGGCUGGUACCGCAGGUGAAGGCCUGGCACCUUGCCCGCCAGUCCUUGACAAUGUCGACAUAUUGGGGAAUAAUAGAAUUAUGGGGCCCGCCCUGGAGCUCAGUUCCCAUGCACGCAGGAGUCGUCUACAAGGACCCGAAGACGGAGACAAUGGUCGAGGCGUGGUGGGUACACGAUCUUGCGCUGCAGAGACUGUACAUUGCCAAGCUGUCUGUGAAGCGCGGCGAGGGGUUAGAGAUUCCGAUCCGGCUGGUGCUUCGAGCGGCUGUGCAGGAGGCCAUGCGGUUCAAGUUGAGAGAGAUUGUUGCGUGGGACCCGAUCCCGCGGCUCGUGGCCCAGGCGGAGAGGGUGGUCAAGGACUUGGGCCAGGGCAUGACGGUGACGCUAGAGAAUCG